UUGUGGCUUUUUGUAUGGCACCCCCUGCCGUUAAUUUGCUAAAUUAAUUUUCUAAAUAAUCCAAAUGCUUAUUUUAAUCGAAACCCUUUAAAUACAAUUAAUUUGUCACACUUACCAGCCGGCUUGUCUCUAGAUGCGGUAUGUUUUCGGUAUUUUCGUGCCGCCGGUUGCCACAUUUUUUCGCAAACAUCGAUAGCACGCGCAAUCGGUUAGUUUUUUUUUACCCUAUCACCACAUGUGUGUUGUUGCUUUGGCAUCAAAAUUUGUCGAGUGUCCGCAUCGCUGACCGCUGUUGAGAAAGGAAAGGACCAGGAAUCAGGAAUCAUAGCUAACAACAUGCCCAGCGACACGGUGGUGAAGGUGCAGGAGUACAAGGACUCGCUGAUCCUCAAGGCCGAAGUGCUGAUCACCAAGCGCUUCCCCGAGAAGAUCGUCCAGCUGAACGAGCUCCUGGCCACGCCGAUGUUCAACGAGCGCAACUUCGAGGAGGUGCACCAGGACCUCAACAUCCCGGCCCUGCCGCCGGUGCUUGUGAAGAACCACGAGGAUCUGCAGUCCGAGGACGGCGACCAUCCGCCCACCAAGCGGCAGCGCAAGGAUGUCCUCGUCGCCGGCCAGCCUGUACUGGCACUGCCCGCCGGCACGGUGCCGUGCAACAAGCCGCUCUGCGAGAUGAUCAAGGUGGUCAAACCGAUCAUCAGGAAGCUGGUGGAGGAUUCCAAUCUCCUCAAGAUGUGGAUCUCCUUUAUGAUACCCAAGAUCGAGGAUGGCAACAACUUUGGGGUCUCCAUCCAGGAGGACACGCUGGCCGAGAUUCAGACAGUGGAAUCCGAGGCGGCCGCCUUCUUUGACCAGAUAUCGCGCUACUUCCUGUCGCGCGCCAAAGUCGUGUCCAAGGUGGCCAAGUAUCCGCACAUCGAUGACUAUCGGCGCGCCGUCGUCGAGCUGGACGAGAAGGAGUACCUCAGUUUGUGGCUGGUCGUCUGCGAGGUGCGCAAUCGCUACUCCUCGCUGCACGACAUUGUGAUUAAGAACCUGGAGAAGCUGAAGAAGCCGCGCUCCUCGAACACCGAAAGCCUCUAUUAGGUAUUCCCUUAAGCCCAAGUCUUCACUAAUUUUUCGGAAGAGGGGCCUGUGUCCCA